AGCAACGUGCUCCAAGUAUUUCGAACGUGGCGAACGUGCUCGCCUCGCCGUCGCCGGUUUACGUCGGUCAAGUUUUGCAAGAGAGCUACGACGAUGAAGAUCGAGGAGGUGAAGAGCACCGCCAAGACCCAGAGGAUCUCCGCGCACACGCACAUCAAGGGCCUCGGACUCGAUGAAAGUGGCACGGCCCUCCAGAGCGCGGCCGGUCUCGUCGGUCAGGAAAUGGCGAGAGAGGCAGCAGGCAUUGUGGUCGACAUGAUAAAGUCAAAGAGGAUGGCAGGACGUGCCGUGUUAUUGGCUGGUCCGCCAGGCACAGGCAAGACCGCGAUAGCCCUUGCCAUCGCUCAAGAACUCGGUAACAAAGUACCUUUCUGUCCUAUGGUGGGCUCGGAGGUUUACAGCUCGGAGAUUAAGAAAACCGAGGUCCUCAUGGAGAAUUUCAGGAGGGCCAUUGGCUUGCGGAUCAAAGAGACUAAGGAGGUAUACGAGGGCGAAGUCACCGAGUUGACACCUGUCGAAACGGAGAAUCCUAUGGGUGGCUAUGGUAAAACUGUAUCGCACGUAGUCCUCGGAUUGAAGACUUCCAAAGGCACAAAACAAUUAAAACUGGACCCUUCCAUAUAUGAGUCACUGCAAAAAGAGAAGGUGGAAGCUGGCGAUGUAAUCUACAUCGAAGCCAAUAGCGGGGCGGUAAAGAGGCAAGGUCGAAGCGAUAAUUUUGCUACGGAAUUCGAUCUGGAAGCGGAGGAAUAUGUUCCUCUACCGAAAGGCGAUGUACACAAAAAGAAGGAAGUUAUUCAGGAUGUAACGUUGCAUGAUCUGGAUGUAGCUAAUGCCAAGCCGCAAGGAGGACAGGACAUAAUGUCCAUGAUGGGACAACUGAUGAAACCUAAGAAAACCGAAAUUACAGAUAAGUUGCGGAAAGAGAUAAACAAGGUAGUAAACAAAUACAUCGAUCAAGGCAUUGCUGAGUUAGUACCAGGAGUAUUGUUCAUAGACGAGGUUCAUAUGCUAGACAUAGAGACGUUCACUUAUCUACAUCGUGCGUUGGAAAGUGCCAUAGCACCGAUCGUUAUUUUCGCUACAAAUCGUGGCCGCUGCGUGAUCCGGGGAUCUGAAGACAUUGUCUCUCCACACGGCAUACCUCUCGACCUGUUGGACCGUCUUCUCAUUGUAAGAACUCUUCCAUACUCGAGACAAGAGAUCGAACAAAUAGUUAAACUAAGAGCUGUUACGGAAGGAUUGCAAAUCGACGAUGAAGCUCUGUCCAGUCUCAGCGAACUCGGCACGAAAACUACUCUGAGAUAUGUAGUGCAACUUCUAACACCUGCGGCUUUGACGGCGAAAAUCAAUGAAAGAACCAGCAUUAAGAAGGAGGACGUUGAGGAAGUUAAUGCGCUUUUCUUGGAUGCUAAAUCGUCGGCUAAGAUACUUA